GCUGACACUUUUAAACGAACGAGUCAGCCAAAAUGUUUGUUAAUUUUACGCUUAAUUGGUGCCACAAUCGACAGCGCUGAGGUUAAAUACGAACCAGUGGAUUCGAACCAUUUCAAUGUGUUCAGUGUAUAAAUGAGGAUGUGAGUUAAUGAAGUGAGGAACAUAUAAAAUUAUUUAUAAGCAUUUAUUGCCUUUGUUUUAAGAAGAAUAUAAUUAAAUAAUGGCUCAUUUUAUAAAGAAAGUAUUUCAGUUAACCCCGAAUCAAUUAUUGUACCAACAAAAGCGUUACAGGGGAAAGAUAAAUCUUAGAAAACCAAAAAUAUAUUUUAAAAAGCGAGUAUUAAACGAACUUUUAACACCCUUCUUUAUUAAUCCUAACAAGGAUAAGACUCUGGAACAAUUUUGCGAAAACUCAAAAACAGAGGAAAUCGAGCAACGUCUUGGAAUUUAUGAUACGAUAAUAGCGAGAGAAGUUCGUAAUUGGUUUGACAAUUCAAAAAUGACUGUUAUAUUGCAUGUGAAUAGUAUUAUGGAACUGGAUGUAUUCGAUAUCAAAGUUGCAUUAUUCAAGGAAAAUAUGCACUACAAACGUUACGGGCCUCAUAUCAUACAUAAUAUGAUUAAGAAUUCGCCUUACGAAAGUCUUGUCCCCUUAAUUAGUAAUUAUACUGCAUUUGUAUUCAGCUCUGAAAUAAAAGUACCCACUGUACACAAAAUUAUCAAAAAAAGCAAGAAAAUGUAUAUAUUAGGUAAGCAGUGGAGAAAGGAUGGCAAAAUGAUUUUAUUAACAAAUUUGAUUUCUUUUUUAGGGGGAGUGUUAGAAGGACAAGUAUUCAAGUACGAUGAUUUCCUGAAGUUUGGAGAAAUGAAUAUCACAAUGGCGCAAUCAAAUUUGGUUCAAAUAUUACAAAAUGCAGGAGGCGUUAAUCUGACUCGACAACUUACACACCAUCAGUCGACACUGUUGACACGACUGAAACAGAUCGGUACAAAUGAGACAACAUCCGACGAUAAAAAAUGAAUCAGUGCCUGUAUAAUUGCAAAGAUACCUGUAUCUAUAAUUUAUUAUACGUUUAUGAUGCACACGAAGCUUUAAGUAAAGUACAAUUUAUUCUCCUGUGCCCUUUGUGACGAUAAAAAAUAAGAACGAUCGUUGAAAACUGA